UUGCGUCCGGGACACUCCGGUUCACAAAACAAACAGGCAACCCAACGCACGGCUCCCUAGGUCGAGCUGGUCGAAAGUGCUUGUUCAUCACUGGCAGGGGAACCACCGUAGCUAUAGUGAGACAGCGAGCGAUGGAGGCAGGAGGCCGGACUUCGUGGAUGAAAUAUGGGCCUGUUGUGUCCCUGUUUGUGGUUCUCUUGGCCUUCUGGUUCCGGUCACCCCAGAAUGCAGUACUGGACGACAGGCUGGACACCGUCCUGUCCUCUCUUCUCCGGGCUGAAGGCAAAGUCGGAGUGAAUAAUGUCGCCAGACCGAAAGUGGCUGUUGGUUUUGGAGGUUGUGUUGACCUGAUAGUGGACGGGGUAUCGUUGCUUAAUAAGAUUGGCCUCCCUCCCACAGACCAGCCCCUCCAUCAUGACUACAUAGAAAAUGAAGUGCAGCUGGCUCAGAGCUUUGCCUACUUCUUUGCACCAGGAGCUGCUGCAGAGCGUUUUAUGCUAAAUGAUACCCUAUUCAGUGAGCUGGUCGAAGCGUCCCGUGACUUACCUGGAAACAGAUGGGCAGUAGGCGGCAAUGCCCCGGUGAUGGCUGGUCGCAUGGCAACUGAGGGAUGUGAUUUAUUGCUAGGGGGAAGUUUCAGCACCGAUUUUAUUGAUGUCCUGUCCCAGCACAUAACGGUGGCAGGUAACAUAGUGGAAGAGCCAGACAUUCAUCUGAUCCUGGAGUAUCCAUCUGGUGCUAGCUGGGGUAACUAUACCUCACGUAGAGCCAACAGAUAUAUCGUCCACAGCGAUGACCAUAACCCCUACCUGGACUCCAUGGCGGAGUUUGCUAAGAAACUCAAAGACUUUGACCCAGAUCUUCUGGUAGUGGGUGGGCUGCAAAUGAUGGAUAACUUCCCCUUCCAGUCAGGUGAGCGGGACGCUCUCCUGUCCCGCCUGGCCGACCUCCUGUCCUCCUCAUCUCCACAGAUUGGAGUCCAUUUUGAGAUGGCCAGUUUUGUAGAAGAGAGUAUAAUGGAAGACCUACUCUACUAUGUCAUCCCCUAUGCGGACUCUUUAGGGAUGAAUGAACAGGAGCUUCCCAACCUGCUCAGUCUGCUUAAAGGCUCCAACAUCACAGUGUUGUCAGACCCAAACCCUCGUGUAGCUACUGUCCUCGACCAAAUGAGGGAGGUCUAUCGCAUCAUAAACCAGCGCUCCAAAGAUGCCAGUUCGGAAAGUGACACAGACGGUGCUAAAGCUAAGCCGCUGACUCGACUCCACGUCCACACGCUGGCCUUUCAGGCCAUGAUUGUGACACGCGGCUCCCAGUGGAAGAACACCAUGUCCGCCACCGCCAAGGCCUCUCUCACAGCGAACCGCCAUGUCUGUGGCUCUAACGACAUUGACCCCAGCAAGGCCAGGCUCAUCAUGGACGACUCCUUCUCUGUUAGCCGGCAGGAGGGCAGCCAGCGUAUCCCUCUUCAGGAGACCAGACCCGUCAGCUGCUGGGAUGAGGACGACUAUGAGAUCUGCGUAGCACCAGUGCUGGUGUGCACUGAGGUUUACCAAACUGCAGGCGGAGGGGACAACAUCUCAGCCGCUGGCCUGGUGCUGCAGAUCUAGUAGAAGGACACUAUAUGGUCUAUCUGUGUGUAGUGCUAACUACAUGUUGGCAAACAAUGUGACUCUGGAAACGUGAUCUAGGUGUGAUGCAAAGUAGCCAGCAAACAUGGUUACGGAUAGUGAAGUGUAUCAGGCUAAUGCUGUCACCCUGGCAGCUCAUGGCCUAGGUGGACCAUAAGGGAAACUGAUUAUCAUUCAUAGGGGUCAGAUGAUGGGAUGCAGUGGUUAAUAAUCCGGUGCAGUUAAAACCUGCUCAAGUGAAAGUUUUGUAAAUUGAGUAAAGUCAAUCCCCAAGUCAUUGUUGCCCGUCAUCUGACUCCUGUCCUACGCUACUUCUCCGAGGCCUAAUAAGACUUGGGCCUUCAGCCAGGAUUAGAUAAAGAGGGAUGACGUUUUGUUGUAGCUGACAAAGCUGCAGGAUAAAUUCUCUUUAAACCUGUAACCCUACUAUGCAGCAACCUGUUCCAGUGUUGUGUAAAUGCUGAAACAGCUGAAUCUUCUGUUUCUUGGGAGCAGGUUUAUCAGGUGUCACCUACUGAAAAUCUGAAGUUCCAUCCAGUAAAUGGGGCUUUGCCUACCCCUGCCUUGCAGCAUAUGCAGUUUCAACUUAAGGCUGACAAGUUCACAUCAUGUCACUUUUAAAAGAUCACAUCUAAACCCUUUUUUUUAUUUUUAUUUUUUUUAUAAGAAGGCUUUAUCCUGCCUCUUCCCUCUCCUAUCUAAUUCUCAAAGGCAAAGAAAGAUUUAUAGUAGAAAGCUAGUGAGGUUAUUGCCUCCUGUUCUUCCUAAUAUAUGUGAAAAAUGUGCAUAUUGGUUUGGGUGUGUUUGAUUUGUUUGAAGAAUGUCAUUCUUCUGUGUGUCUGUUGCAGUGCAAUAAUGCAAAAACAAUGUUAAGAGACCACUGUUGGUAGCUGGAUAUGAUGUCGAAAACCUCUCUACCUCCAUGCUAUUUUUGUUUCUCCCCUUUUUCCUAUUACUCUUUUCUGUCACUUUUAAAAAAAACUUUUCUAUUAUGUCAUAUCUCUUAUUAUUAAGGACCAAAAUAACCAGUGUGGACUGCACUUGAUAACAUUGCUGUGAAGGAGAAGUUACUGGCAGCCAGUUCUCAUGUUCUCAUAUGACAUGGCUGCAUACAGUGGAACACAAUCUCAUCUCUAGUUUUAGGUUAUUUCUUUAAGAAAGACGGGGUUAGCAACAUGUAAUUGGAAGCUUGACCUGAAUGGUGUUAUUCACCAUGAAGCUCCUAAAUCUGUGGAAUAUUGGAACACACAGUAAUAUAGAAGCCAAAUAACUCUCCCCUAAUGAGAUCAUCUUUAAGUGAAAAUGGGGCCCUGCCUCUAAUUGGCCACCAAACUCCCAUUUCACUUUUUUCAGGGUUGAAAUCGCUUUUAUCUGAAACUGUACGCGACUGGACUUGAAUGGGAAUUAAGCCUUUUUUCUUUCUAUGUACAAAUCAAACAUUCCACCGCAGACCCAGCGUUUGAUUUUCUUUAUACAACAUGCAUAACAUGUUUACACUUCAGCAUGCAAGUAGAAAAAAAAUUUCUUUUCUUGAUUACACAAUUAAAUUAGUAUCUUAAAACAUGCUUGUCAAAACCCCUUUUCAGCGAGGAACGCAUUUAUUAUGUUACAAUGCAACAAGUAUGAGCUAAAGAAAUCCCUUUAAAUCUUUCAUCUUUGUGUUAUGAUUGUACUGAUUUGAUGCUGUUGCUUGAUUGUGCUGAUGGUAAAUUAGCCUUAUUCUGUUUUGAUUUUUGGUGUUUAGUCGAAAAGGGAUUUUUUAAUACAGACCUUUUCGAUGUCUAUAGGUGUAUGUAUUAUUUUCUGAUUUCUUUUUCUUACAUGGUAAUUGGAAGACGAGAGUAACGGGUCGUGUUUUUACUGUGAAAUGAAACCAUUCUGAAAGCAGAACCUCAGCAUGCUUUCAUGUUCGGAUAGAGAUAUGCGUUUGCUACCAUAUCAUAUACUUAUCUAAACUUUAGAUAAGAUUCAUGUCACCUAUGUUCCAAAGCUGUGUGUAACUGUUUUGUGCAUGUUAAAUAUUCAAUUCAGAAUCACCUAAGAUAAAAUGCUGUGCUGCAAAAGCUG